AUUACCUUUCUUUAUUGAACCAAUCUACAGACUAAAAUAAUAAUGACGGAGAAGAAGAAGCCAGAUCCUCUUAAGUCCUUUAUUGCCGGAGGUACAGCAGGUGCCAUUGAAGGUGCCAUCACCUAUCCUUUCGAAUUUGCAAAGACUAGAUUGCAACUUGUAGACAAAUCUUCCACUGCAUCCAGAAACCCAUUGGUAUUAAUCUACAAUGUUUCUAAAACACAAGGUGUUUCUUCACUUUAUGUGGGUUGUCCUGCUUUCAUUGUAGGAAAUACUGUCAAGGCAUCAGUACGGUUCCUUGGUUUCGAUUACAUCAAGGGUUUGCUUGUGGAUAAGGAGGGUAAGUUGUCUGGGCCAAGAGGUGUCAUUGCCGGGUUGGGGGCUGGUUUGCUUGAAUCUGUGGUUGCUGUGACCCCAUUUGAAGCCAUUAAAACCGCCUUGAUUGAUGAUAAGCAAACUGCUAAGCCAAAGUAUCAAAAUGGACUUGUUGCUGGUACGGUCAAAUUAUGUAAAGAUAUGGGAUUCCGUGGGAUAUAUGCUGGUGUAGUUCCAGUUUCCAUGAGACAAGCAGCUAACCAGGCUGUUAGAUUGGGCUCCUAUAAUGCCAUCAAGAGUAUGAUCCAACAAGCUAGUGGAGCUCCUCCAAACGAACCAUUGAGCUCUGUAGCAACUUUUGCAGUCGGAUCCUUUGCUGGUAUCAUCACUGUGUACUCAACCAUGCCUAUAGAUACUGUUAAAACAAGAAUGCAAGCCUUGGGUGCCGAUAAGUUGUACAGUUCUACAUUGAAUUGUUUCGCCAAGAUUUUCAAGGAAGAAGGUUUGCUCACUUUCUGGAAAGGAGCCACUCCUCGUCUCGGUCGUUUGGUAUUGAGUGGUGGUAUUGUAUUUACAAUCUAUGAGAAGAUGUUGGUGCUCAUGGGAUAG